AUGCCUUCGACGAUACCCCAACCGUCGCGUCCGACGACAAACCCUCCUUCAGCAAUGCUCCCACCUUUGCCCACGAACAAGCCGAAAAGGCACCCUCCCGAUCUUGGUGAUGCAAGGGUUUCAACCGCCAACGCAUCUCUCCUCAAACUCCGUGCGCCUUCGUCUGUAAAGGCGACCGCAAAGCCAACCGCCCCGUCACCUCCUUUUAGCUUCAGUAACGCAACCGGGAGAUCGCCAUCUAUGGGCUACGCAUCGAACAGCCCUGAGAAAGUACUACGACGGGCAGUUAGUGUUGCUUCAUUCCCACACCCUCCGAAGACGGCUGUUCGCCCAUCACAUGGGUAUAGCUCUCCUUCAUUAUACAACCUUUCGGCUGUGAGUCCAAGGUCACCGGACGCUAUCUCCGCCUCGAAUAGUGUGAAGUUGAAAAGACCUCAUAGAAUCAGCACAGCAAUCGCGAACACUUCGCAAAGCCCCAAAACCCCGACUCUCCUUGAUAAGAGUGGGGAGGGAUGUUCGAUUAUGAGUGUCAAAACCCCCCCAACCUCGGAAGCGCAGUUUACAACUCAUUCUCGAACUCCAAGCAGAAGCUCUUCAGCACAAGGGUCGACUUAUUCUACUAGCGCAACUUCCUUCGUUGACUGCGAUGAAAAUGGUCGAAGGGAGAGGGAUGAGCCGCGGUCUCGAGAAGAUCCGAUUGCGGCGCGCAGGACCAGCAAACGCAGUUCGAAGAUAAAAGAAGGAAAAGGGAAUGUUAUCGUUAGCGUUAGGGUUCGACCAGAUUCUACCAAUAACGACGAUAGCAAAACAGAAGGCGAGUGGCUGGUAGAUGGGAGAGUGGCACUGGUUUCUUAUCGUGGAAAAGAAGGAGGCGAUUACUUUUAUGAUAACGUUUUUGGGACUCAGGAUAAUAACGCUAAAGUUUAUGAUGCAUCCGCAAAAAGACUUGUUCGCCGAGUUAUGGAGGGCUAUCACGGGACUGUUUUUGCAUAUGGAAUGACGGGCACUGGCAAAACAUUUUCAAUGCAGGGAACAGCCACGUCUCCCGGAGUUAUACCAUUGGCGAUCACUGAUAUUUUUUGCUAUAUCCGAGAAACCCCUCACCGCGAAUUCCUUCUGCGGGUCAGUUACCUGGAAAUUUACAACGAGAAAAUUCAUGAUCUUCUCUCAACUCCAUCUUCCGCUGGGAUUGGGCCCGGAGCGGGACAACAAGAAGAAAUCAAAUUGCGAGAAGACAGCAAGCGAGGAGUCUACGCGACACCUCUAAAGGAAGAAAUAGUCCAGAGUCCGACACAGUUACUGAGAGUAAUUGCAAGGGGAGACCAUGCUAGGAGGACGGGAAGCACUCAGUUUAACUCCCGCAGCUCCCGAAGCCAUGCCGUGGUUCAGAUCGUGGUGGAAAGCCGGGAACGAGUUUCGGCCCCUAACGUGACUCAUGAAAAACGUACAGGUUUAGCUCCCGGAGGUGUACGUGUCUCAACACUUAGUUUGAUCGAUUUGGCAGGCUCCGAACGUGCAGCUGAAAACAAAGAGAGACGCACAGAGGGUGCUCAUAUCAAUAAAAGCCUGCUCACCCUUGGUACUGUAAUUGCGAGACUUUCAGGAGAUAAGGACAGGGCCACGAACCAGUCAGAUCGCGAUGGAAAACAUUUGCCAUACCGAGACAGCAAACUUACGCGAUUGUUACAACCCGCAUUAUCAGGAAAUUCCCUGGUUAGUAUUCUCUGUACGAUCCAAAUCGGGUCGACGGGAAGCGCUGCGGCCACCAAUACACACGCGAACGAAACGCUAAACACGCUGAAAUUCGCCGCUAGAGCAAAAAACAACAUCGUUAGCCAUGCAAAACGCGCGGAGGAAGCCUUGGGCGGUGCUACUGGAGAUGCAGGUAGCCGUGUUCUUUUGGAACGGUACCGCAUGGAAAUUCAGAGCCUGCGAGCACAGCUUGAUAAGCAGGCCAAGUCGCAUUCGGAACAAGAAUCUAGGCUGGAAGAGAAACGAGUCGAGAGAGAAGUGGCAGCCCGUCAUGAAGAACAAAUGUUAGAAAUGCAGCUUGCAAGAACGGCGUUAAAAGAACGAAUCGAACACCUCAACCGUUUGAUUUUGUGUUCGAAAUCCACCGGGGUGAAUGCCAGUGGGGGAUAUUCAAUCAUGGGUUUUCCGCAUUUUCGGGGGUUUGACUCGGGGUCCCUCCGUUCAUCCGGGUCCCAUUCCACUUUGGGCGGCGUGCAAUUAUACCGGUCGGGCUCGACGACAUCCGUCAAGAGCAACGGUGGACUACCAUAUGAUCACUACUCACCGUUUGGGAAUACUGAGCACGAGGAGGACACCAUAGGUGAGUUUGCGGAUGGGACGGCCAGCGUUCAGGCGCAGAUCAAUGCUCUGCAGGCGGAUCUCGCAGAUAAAAACCGUUACAUAUCGACCUUGGAAAGGAGGCUACUGCAGGCGCGGCGUUCCAGCCAUUCGCGGAUGUCUGUGGGUUUGUCCCAACUAAAAGCGUGCGGAACGUCCCCUAGCGAUCCGGAGGCGGCGGCAUUACUUCGGGAAAAGGAUUUGGAGAUUGCAGACUUGCGGCUUCAGUUGGACGAUAAGGACCGGAUGGUAGCGGCGCUUCGAUCUGCCGCACGCCAGCGUGAAAUCGCGCAGCUGGCAGCCGAGACCCUCCCGCCAGACCCCCCGAAACUCCCUGCUAUCCCUUUGCGUGGUCAUCGAGCCAACCGACAAAGCUGUGAGAACAACAACAGCAAUCAUAGCAAUGGCCCGGUGGUUGGCGCUGCCGCCGCAGGGGCAGUGAGCCCAGUCAAGCUCCUGUCACCAACCAAAACUAGUGACCCCGACAACAGGGACAAAAAAAGAAGAAGUGUGGACGAAAUGUCGCGAAUGCUGGACGAGAUGAUACAAGACCGAGUUGAAAGUGGACAUCUUAUCAAGGGCGUAAGAGGAAGCGUGCGUCUUGCUCAUGGGCUACGAAGCAAAGGAUUUGCGGAUAUGACAAGCCCAUCCCCGACCGACACAGCUCCGCCCCUUGAAGGGGCAGCAACAUUGCCGGCAAACGCGGAUGUUUCUUUGGCAUGA